ACCCCGCACUUCCGCCGCCGCCCGGCGCCGCCGCGGCCAUGGGGAGCUGAGGCGGCGGCAGCGGAACCGGCCCCGGCCCGGCCCGGCCCGGCCGCCCGCUCCCCAUGGGCUGCGGGGCCGCGGGACAUGGAGCGGUGCGCGGCCCGCCGGGCCCCGGAGGAGGAGCGGCGAGUGCGAGCCAACGCACGGGAGUACAACGAGAAGUUCCAGUACGCGAGCAACUGCAUCAAGACCUCAAAGUACAACAUUGUCACCUUCCUGCCUGUCAACCUCUUUGAGCAGUUCCAGGAAGUAGCCAACACCUAUUUCCUCUUCCUCCUCAUCCUGCAGCUGAUCCCACAGAUCUCUUCACUCUCCUGGUUCACCACCAUCGUGCCUUUGGUUCUUGUCUUAACCAUCACAGCUGUCAAAGACGCCACUGAUGACUAUUUCCGCCAUAAAAGCGACAACCAGGUGAACAACCGGGAGUCUCAGGUGCUGAUCGGUGGAGUCCUCCGGCAGGAGCAGUGGAUGAAUGUACGUGUUGGAGACAUCAUCAAGUUGGAGAAUAACCAGUUUGUGGCGCAGGCCGACCUACUUCUCCUCUCCAGCAGCGAACCCCAUGGGUUGUGCUACAUAGAGACUGCAGAGCUGGACGGAGAGACCAACAUGAAGGUGCGCCAGGCCAUACCUGUCACUGCGGAGCUGGGGGACACCAGCAAGCUGGCUCGCUUUGACGGCGAGGUGGUCUGUGAACCCCCCAACAACAAGCUUGACAAGUUUGGUGGGACGCUGUACUGGAAGGAGAACAAGUACCCCCUGAGCAACCAGAACAUGCUGCUGCGAGGCUGUGUCCUGCGCAACACCGAGUGGUGCUUUGGCCUCGUCAUCUUCGCAGGGCCCGACACAAAACUGAUGCAGAACAGUGGCCGGACCAAAUUUAAGCGGACGAGCAUUGACCGGCUGAUGAACACACUGGUGCUCUGGAUCUUUGGGUUCCUGGUGUGCAUGGGGGUGAUCCUGGCCAUUGGCAAUGCCAUCUGGGAGCACGAGGUGGGCGUCUGCUUCCAGAUCUACUUGCCCUGGGACGAGGGGGUGCACAGUGCCUUCUUCUCUGGCUUCCUCUCCUUCUGGUCUUACAUCAUCAUCCUCAACACUGUGGUGCCCAUCUCACUCUACGUGAGGGACACCCCAAGACCUGAGACCCCACGGGUCCCUCGGGGUCCUCCCGGCUGUGUGUGUCUGGCUGCUCGUCUCUCUCUACCCUGGCUGCACGCUGGUUAUUUUGCUCUGCCUUCCUACAGCUCCCAGGCUCCUGCACAGUCCCCUUCUCUCUCUCUUUUAAUUUCUCUCUCUUUUCGUUCCCCAGCAUGGGUUCUGUCACCCUUAGCCCCGAGCGUGGAGGUGAUCCGGCUUGGGCACAGCUACUUCAUCAACUGGGACAAGAAGAUGUACUGUGCCAAGCGCCGGACACCAGCUGAGGCCCGGACCACCACCCUCAAUGAGGAGCUGGGGCAGGUGGAGUACAUCUUCUCUGACAAGACUGGCACUCUCACCCAGAACAUCAUGGUCUUCAGCAAGUGCUCUGUGAAUGGGCACAGCUACGGUGACGUGCAGGAUGUGCUGGGUCACAAGGCGGAGCUGGGAGAGAGACCAGAGCCAGUCAACUUCUCCUUCAACCCACUGGCGGACCCGCGGUUCCAGUUCUGGGACCCCAGCCUGCUGGAAGCCGUCAAGCUGGGAGAUCCCCACGUGCACGAGUUCUUCCGCCUGCUCUCGCUCUGCCACACCGUCAUGUCCGAGGAGAAGAGCGAAGGGGAGCUGUUGUACAAGGCACAGUCCCCGGACGAGGGAGCGCUGGUCACGGCUGCCAGAAACUUUGGCUUCGUGUUCCGGUUCCGCACACCCAAGACCAUCACGGUGCACGAGCUGGGUCAAGCCAUCACCUACCAGCUGCUGGCCAUCCUGGACUUCAACAACAUCCGCAAGCGCAUGUCUGUCAUCGUCCGCUGCCCUGAGGGCAAGAUCCGGCUGUACUGCAAAGGCGCUGACACCAUCCUUCUGGAGCGACUGCACCCCGUCAACCAGGACCUGACCAGCGUCACCGCCGACCACCUCAAUGAGUAUGCUGCCGAGGGGCUGCGGACACUGGUGCUGGCUUACAAAGACCUGGAGGAGAGCUACUACAGGGACUGGUCUGAGCGUCUGCGCUGGGCUGGCAGUGCCUCCGAGGCCCGUGAGGAUUGCCUGGCUCGGCUCUACGACGAGGUGGAGCACGAUAUGAUGCUGCUCGGAGCAACAGCUAUUGAGGACAAACUGCAGCAGGGGGUCCCUGAAACCAUCGCCAUUCUGACGCUGGCCAACAUCAAGAUCUGGGUUCUGACGGGGGACAAGCAGGAAACAGCUGUGAACAUUGGCUACUCCUGCAAGAUGCUGACAGAUGACAUGACGGAGGUGUUCGUGGUCACAGGCCACACUGUGCUGGAGGUGCGAGAGGAGCUCAGGAAAGCCCGAGAGAAAAUGAUGGAUGCAUCGCGCUCUGUGGGCAAUGACUUCUCCUCCAAGGAGAAACUCUCCUCCUCCAAGCUCACUUCUGUGCUGGAAGCCAUUGCAGGCGAAUAUGCCCUGGUCAUCAAUGGGCACAGCCUGGCCCACGCGCUGGAGGCAGACAUGGAGGUGGAAUUCCUGGAGACAGCGUGUGCCUGCAAGGCUGUUAUAUGCUGCCGUGUCACACCCUUGCAGAAAGCCCAGGUGGUGGAGCUGGUGAAGAAGUACAAGAAAGGUGUGACCUUGGCCAUUGGUGAUGGGGCCAAUGACGUCAACAUGAUCAAGACUGCCCAUAUUGGGGUGGGCAUCAGCGGGCAGGAGGGCAUCCAGGCCGUGCUGGCCUCUGACUACUCCUUCUCCCAGUUCAAGUUCCUGCAGCGCCUUCUCCUGGUGCACGGGCGCUGGUCCUACCUGCGCAUGUGCAAGUUCCUUUGCUACUUCUUCUACAAGAACUUCGCCUUCACCAUGGUCCACUUCUGGUUUGGCUUCUUCUGCGGCUUCUCGGCACAGACUGUGUACGACCAGUACUUCAUCACACUGUACAACAUUGUCUACACGUCGCUGCCCGUGCUUGCCAUGGGUGUCUUUGACCAGGAUGUGCCAGAGCAGCGGAGCAUGGAGUACCCCAAGCUCUACGAGCCUGGGCAGCUGAACCUGCUCUUCAACAAGCGGGAGUUCUUCAUCUGCAUCGCCCAGGGCAUCUACACAUCUGUCCUCAUGUUCUUCAUCCCCUACGGCGUCUUCGCUGAUGCCACCCGUGACGACGGUGCCCAGCUGGCUGACUACCAGUCCUUUGCUGUCACCGUUGCCACCUCCCUUGUGAUUGUUGUCAGUGUGCAGAUUGGGCUGGACACGGGAUUCUGGACGGCCAUCAACCACUUCUUCAUCUGGGGUAGCCUGGCCGCCUACUUUGCCAUCCUCUUCACCAUGCACAGUGACGGCCUCUUCCGAAUGUUCCCCAACCAGUUCCGCUUUGUGGGCAACGCACAGAACACGCUAGCCCAGCCCACAGUCUGGCUGACCAUCGCCCUCACCACUGUGGUCUGCAUCAUGCCUGUUGUGGCCUUUCGCUUCCUCAAGCUGGACCUGAAACCUGAACUCUCGGACACGGUGCGCUACACUCAGCUGGUUCGGAAGAAGCAGAAGACGCAGCACCGGUGUGUGCGGCGCACAGGGCGUGUGGGCUCACGCCGCUCCGGCUACGCCUUCUCCCACCAGGAGGGAUUCGGAGAGCUAAUCAUGUCUGGCAAGAACAUGCGGCUCAGCUCCUUGGCGCUCUCUAGCUUUGCCUCCCGCCCCAGCACCAGCUGGAUCGAGACCCUGUGGAAGAAGAAGGGCAGUGAGGGCAGCGGUGCCGGCAGUCCCAGUGGCACAGCUGACAAGACCCUCAAGGUGUGAGGGUGGAGGGUCACAUCCCCUCCAGUGCAGCCAGGGCCCCCUUUCCUCUCCCCCUGACUCUGGGGAGGGCAAAGCCCUUCGUCGAGAGGGUCCAAUGGUGGGAGCACAGGUCAUGUGGGCAUCAAUGCUGAGGUUUGGAGGAGUCUGGACUAUCACAUUGUAGCCAAAAAAUAUACUCUUUCCCUCCCUGGGGCGGAUGGACGGACAGACUGACCUUAUCCCCCAUUCACUCCUCUGUCAGUAUUCACUUCCACGGAGUGCAAAUGCCCCAUCACACACGAAUGUAUCCAUGCCAGAGGUGGAGGGGCCUUGGGGGGCCUGUGGCCCCCUCGCCAUCCCUCACCCACGUGUCUUCUUUUUAUAUAAACAAAGGGAAAAAACACCCACAAAAAAAUAGCAACCAAAAAAAAAAAAAAAAAAAAAAGGAAGGAAAAGCCCUCCGAGUUUACAGAGCAACUUGUUUCUUGUCCAAUUGGGUAGGAGAGAACGGGCAGGGGAGGAAGGUCACCCUCCUUGUCCCUCCACCUCGGGGUACAGCAGGACGGUGGGUGCCGGGUGGGAAAGGGGAAGCGUUCCCGUGCUACAGGGACUGGAGUGUUGGCGGCUGCCGUGAUUCACUCCCACGCGGGGUCUUGCGCAACCCUCGGCCUCUGCUUCCUCCCUCCUCCUUGCCUGCUCCCGCGGGACUGAGCGCUCCUGGGCUGUGGGUGGGCACUGAGGGAUCCCCCAGGGGUCUCCGAGGGUGUUGGGGUCCCGGAGACGCAAUACCAAAGAUGAGCCUGUUGAGGUGGGUGUUGGUGAGGUCUGGAGGGGGUUUAGGGGCUGUUUGGGGUUAUUUCGGUGGAGGGGUGGAUAAUUUAUUACUCGUUUCUGUGUGGCGGAAUUGUAUCAUUUUAUGGUUCCACUGAGAAAAAAAAGAACCAAAAGCCAGCUUUUUUUUUAUUUAUUUAAAAAAGAAAAUAAUAUUCUGA